UGUUUUUCCAUACCUUUUUCGUUUUCCUUUUCUUUUUUCCUCUACUGUUUUUCCCUAACCCUCAUCUUCUCAUUUUUAUCUCCCAAGCCAGCCUUGUUCUUUGUGCGCCAUGACCAAGCCUCUCUUUCUUUCAAUCAGACCCAUUCUUCUCCUUGCUUGCCUCUGUCGAUUGCAUGGACUUAGAUUCAUGUAUAUGUACCAGCAGUACAUGAGAAGAAGACAUAGAAAACGGUACCAUUGUGGCUUUACUGGCGGCAUUCAAGCACUUCGGGCACAUGUUGCUGAACUGCUUAUAUUGCCAAAAUGGAAUGGAAGGAUUUCGAAAGAUUUAACAAAGUAGUUGAUGAGAUAUUGGAGAGAAGCGAUUACGUGAUGAUUUCUAGAAACCCUUUCAUAAAAAAGUCAGGUAAAAGAUUUUGGGUAUCUCCUCUCUUGCUGUUUCAACAUGAAGCAGUAAACAUAACAUCCGGUGUCUGUAUUAAGCAGGGUGGAGGAAGAUAUCAUUUUACUUCAACUUCUCUUUUGAAAUCAGAGACAAGACUAUUGAACUUGAUGAAGAUCAAAAUGUUCAGCGUGCUGAAUUUGUGGUUCGGGCAUACAUGCAGUGGUAGGUUCUCAGAUGGGUGGGGCUCAUUUGAGCGGCGUGAGAAGAGAUUUUUAAAACCAAAUCAUGAUAUACCCAGUACAGCAGAGACUAGAGCAAAAAAUAAAUCAUGCCAAGUAUAUCUUUUCUUCUUGCAGUUGGCUUGUGCCUAAAUAUACUAUUGAUAUUCAACAACUAGCUGUUCAUAUGAUUGUUGCAUUUUCACUAGUUUACAUAGACAGUAAGCUUUGAUGUUAGACUAGCGUCAUAAUCAUUGGCUGAAGCUUGGAUCAGCUUAGAGUCUUAUCAUAUUGUUAAUAUGUAGCUUUAGUAUUGUUUCUUUUCUUUCUGUAGAUCCUAUAGAUGCCAUAAAUAAUAAAAUGGAACAAGUAGUAUAGCUCAGUAAGUUACAUUGAGUUGAUUGCCAUUCGUCACAUAUUGUUUCUUCAAGGCAAAGAUAAAUGUCACAUCUAGGUUGAACCUAUGGCCCACCCUUCACUCUUUGUUUAGAGGAGGGAGGUGAUGCCCUUUGGUCUACAGACAAUUGCCAUUGUUUGCACAACAUGUAGUCUAGAAGACAAAAGUAGAAAUUUUGUUAAACAAUAAAAAAUUUCAAGUAUUUUUCAUUAAGAAAAUUUUCCUGAAUGUUAAAUAUGUGCUUGCAUAAAAAUUUUAGUCUCUUGAAGCUAGCUGUUGUCAAGUCUCAAUGUUUACAAGUUGGUGAUACCUCUAUUGUAUGAAGAUAGUAUCAGAGCUUUCAUUAUGAAGAUUAUGCAAGACACUGAUCAAAUGUUGGAAUUUGGGAAAGAUUUCUAGACACAAAGACAACAUUUUCAGAUAAUUUUAGUCUGGAAGUGCUACAACAAUGUGUCAUGGAU